AUGCAAGCGUACAACUGCCCAGUAGGACCUCGCGGCCCUCCAGGACAGCGCGGAGAUGAUGGGGAGCCAGGAGUGCCAGGUGAACCAGGAGAACGUGGAAGACCAGGUUCUAUUAUGGCAUACGAUGUAGGGGUGCGUGGAUGUUUAAAAUGCCCUGCUGGUCCUCCUGGACCACCUGGUCCACCUGGUUUCCAAGGAUUACCAGGUGUCGACGGCGAUGAAGGGAUGCCAGCUCCAAGUGGGGCACCCGGUCAGCCAGGACCGGUCGGCGAAAUGGGUGAUCCCGGGCCACCGGGAUUGCCUGGAUCUGAAGGAGUCCCAGGACCACCAGGCAAGUCAGCUAGGCACGCAAUUGGUCUGCCAGGACCAAUGGGAGCGAUGGGUCCUAUGGGAAUGCCUGGUGCAGCCGGAAGAGAUGGAACUGAUGCGUCUGUAGGAGAACCUGGACUAGUAGGAAUGCCAGGGUUGCCAGGAAUUCGCGGUCCACCAGGAGAAGACGGGCCGCCAGGCAGAAACGGUAGACCGGGUAAUCCCGGUGCCGAUGCAGCUUAUUGUCCAUGUCCACCAAGACGCUUCGAAAGCGAAUACGGGAAAAGCUUCAGACGUGCUUUAGAAAAGGGAUUCGAAAAAGUCGAUGUGAUCGAGGUGAUUGACUUGAGAGAUACAGAUGAGGCGACCAAGAGUGCUAAAGCUUUGAAGGCGAGACGUUCAAGAGCUCCGACGAGACUUCACGGGGUCAGAGUCGGGGGACACCGUACACGUCGACGUCCGCACCGAAAACGAACAGUAGAGAGAUCGCGAGAUAAACAUUAG